AUGUUACAAGAUAAUUCAAAUAACCUACUCGCUAUACAAACAUUCGUUUUAGCUUCACGUUCGUUUCAAUCUGUAGUAGAUAUUUGUCGUCGAGCAAUCGAUAAUCAACUUACUGUAGUUCUCUUUGAGCUGAAAUUGUCUGAUAAAAUUUCGGUGGCACAAUUAAAUUCGGAUACGUUGGCUUUUAGUCUUGGUACUCUCUUUCGAAUAGUUUCAACUGAUGCAGAACCCAGCGGUGUUUGGCGUGCACAAUUGGAGCCUGCUGAUGGUGCAAUGCAACGUAUUAGAAAUCAACUUCGAAUUGAGAUUGGUGGUCAUCUUACAUGGUUGACAUUCGGCAACUAUUUGACUGCUUUGAAACGAUGCGAUGCAGCUAAGAAUUACUACGAAUAUCUUUUACUCGUACUUCCAUCGGAUCAUCCAAGUCUUGCUUUUAUUUACGACAACAUGGGUUUGAUGUAUUCGGAAAUGUCCGAUAAUGAAAGAGCAUUAACAUUAUUUAAUCAAGCAUCCGAAUUCGACGUUGCCAAUCUAUCCAUGCCAGUUAAACAGACAAAAGUAUCAACUACGGAUCUAUCGUGUCCAGAAUCUUCUUCUAUUGACAAAAUGACAAUAUUCAACAAAAUAGCAGAAAUCAAAUGUUGUGAAGGAGAUUAUCAAGCAGCACUUGGCUAUUAUCGUCAAGCACUUCAUGUUGCAACAGAUUCAGCAUCAUUGCAGUUUUAUCAAACGAAAAUUGAAGAACUUUUAUCUAUAAAAGAUAAUGUUUGUUCGGACUAA